CAACUCAAGCUAUUAUGUUAUUUUGUCAAGCCGAGUCGAACGCUUAGAAUAAGUCAUGGGAGCAGGGUGAUUGAAACCCCAACAAAGCCAGCCUUUGAAAGCCAACCAAGAUCCAGAGAAAAUGGAGAAGCAGCAUGAUCCGAUAGAAUGGUUAAACCGAAUGGUCUCUGAGCCGUAUUUUCUCUUCCAUUUUCUUGCUUUCUUCUCCUACUUGGUCGUCCGCGGCUCUGCAUCCCAACUCCUCUUCCCUCACCUUACCCAUCAUCUCCUUCAUCGGGAAAUUCAAGCGAUUCUGGCAUUUUCUGUGUUGACUCUAAUCAAGAUAACCAGACAAGAAACUUGGGAGGCGUUUACUGCUGAUAUGCUGUUUUUGGCAAAGGUUUUUCUUGUCACCCUUGCUUUAGUAAUGGAUUACCAUGUGGCUCUUUGGUACUUGGUGGUAUUUGGUGCUAUAUAUAUUCUAACUCAACAGCCUGCCUACCAAGGACUAGGUAAUUCAAGUAAGUUAACACCGUUGCAGUUGGAAACCUUGUUGACAGAGGGGAACACAUCAAAAUUCUGGCUGGUAGAAUUUCGUGCGUCAUGUUCUCCCACUUGCAUACGCACAAGUCGGUGCUUUCCUGAGCUCUCAAUUACGUAUGUUUUUGCCUUACAUGGGUCUUCAACUUUAAGUAAAAGACAGAAAAAAAGAAAAGAUCCUCUUCUCAAGAACUUAUAUUCAAAUAAAAAUUUGUCUUUUGGAAUAGUUGAUCUUGGACUCUUCCCAAAUGCCGCCGAAAAAUUUGGAAUAUAUCUUGGUGGGGGCAUGGAUCAACUACCUACAUUUAUUUUAUUUGAGAAUGCAGCUGAGGUUGCACGCUUUCCUCAGUUCAAUCUUGAAGCAAAAUCUUCUCAUCCUCCCAUAACUAAGAGACUUCUUUCUCGAUAUUUUGAGCUUGAUCUUCACCUCCUUGAGUAUGUAAAUGGUAAAUAGGUAAUUUAACAUUGAUGCCUGCAAUAUUAUUAUUCAUUUCCAUUUGUAUCCUUAAAUAGCUUUGAGAGAAAGAAUGUAACGAAUUAUGUAAUCGAGUUUUACCUGUUGUAUGAUUCAAGCUCGAGGAAGAGUUAAAUCCA